CUGAGUGGCAGUGCUCGUUGCUGAUCCCGCAAUUUUGAUCCGUGUACUUAGUGUGUGAUAUCACUGUCAGGGGGUGGUACUGCUUGUGAGAAAUUACCCCAAUGGCUGAUGAUGCUGAAUGGGUACUUGAAAGUAUUCUGGGCUUUAUGAGCGGUCCUAUUUGGAUGACGCCAGUGAUGGACUUUGUGGAGCAAAAAUGCUCAGUUUUUGAUGAUGAAGACGAGAACAAAUUAUCAUACACAGAGGUUCACAACGAGUACAAGGAACUGGUAGAAAAGCUAUUACAAGGACAUCUAAAUGAAGUUGGAAUUAAUGAAGAACAGUUCCAAGAAGCGUGCACAUCUCCUCUUGCACAUUCUCCAUCACUUAAGACAAUGUUGCAACCUGUUCUAGCUGGUGAUGAUUUUAAGAUAUUUAAAGCAAUGAUGGUACAGAGAAAUAUUGAACUACAAUUACAAGCCAUUCGAAUAAUACAAGAAAGAAAUGGUAUACUUCCAGAUUGCUUGCAGUCUGGCACAGACAUCAUUUCUGAUCUCGAACAGCAGGAGAUGAAGCUAAUAUCUGAAGCUAUAAGAAUUUCAAAAGAGGAGUAUGAGAAGGAACAGUUGCGUAAAACGUCAGUGGAAAGACCUGUUACAACUUUGCAUGAUCAGUCAAAAAAGGCCAUUUCCAAAGGUGAUGAAGGAAAAUCAAAAAUGUCAGGAGAAACUGUUAAAGCUUAUGAAGAUAGAAAACAGCCAUUGAAAAUUAAAGAUGAUCCUUGCCCACCCCCAUCUAUUGCAUUAAAAUCAGCGAGCAGCACAGAAGCAGCAGAGGCUUGGUUAGAACAAGCAAGAAAAGAGGCUGGUAUACAGGGGUCUGUGACUGGUUUAUCACAGACAGAAAUUGAACAGCUCCAACAAAGAGCUGAAUAUCUAAGGCAGAAGAGAGAGAUACUAUUGGCUAAGAAGUUGGAGUCAAAGAGGGUAUUACAAAAUACAGAUGAAAAUGAAGUAAAAGCAUCAUGUUCUAGACAGGAAAUGACAGAAGAAGAGAAGAAAAACUUAGAGAAAAGGAAGCAUCUAGCAGAAACACUUAAGAAAGAAGUCAUUAAGAAGUGAGCUAUAGGAAAUUGUAUUUUGAGGCUUCACCCAACUGCUUAUGGAUAACAUGUUCAAACUUUUUUUUUUUAUUCCUUAGAUUGUUACUGUGUUUGUAAAAGUUUAUUUUUAGUAAUUUUCUCACAAUAAUAUUCAGUGUAUUUUUGUUGUAAAUUCUUAUCAGUCAAACUGUUCAUUUCAAAAUUAAAAAGUGCCAUAUUUUGAUAUAACACAGAUCAUUUACCUUAUUUGUUGUAAUUUACCAGUAAAAUAUAAUGUUCCACGAAAGGUUCAUAUUAUAUAUAAAUAAUAUCUUCAUUUUAAAACACCUUUAAGAGGAGGAGGAGAAUAAAGGGGAAUGGAAGGGAGAAAGAAGAAAUAUCAUAUGCUAUAUAUAUUCAAACUGAUGUGCAUUAUAUAUCUUGCAAUACAAACUGUACUGCAAUGUCAGUUGAAAGAAGGUAAAAAUAUAUGAGCUCUAAACCAAAAACAUUAUUAUAUUGUACCAUAUGUACCAUAUCAAAGGUAUAAAAAAACGAGGGAAAUAAAUAAGAGUAAAAAAGAUAAA